AUGGACAACAGAAAGAGACCAGCUGCUUCGCCCAACUCUGGCAGCUUUGUCUUCUGGUCCUCCUCAUUCCGGAGGCAACCAGCCAGGGUCCUGAUUGUGGAGGCACUGCCACCAUGGUGGUCAGACACUUGCACUGUGCUCUGUGAUGCUCUAGAUAACUUCUUGUCCCUUGCCUGUAAUCUGGAUGGACCCAGUAGGAUUCCACUCCUCAGCCUGUAUGCUGUCAGCAGGCAGCAGGAAUGCGUAUUGCCAUUUGUGCAGGUUCGUGGCAACUUGGCCAGGCUACAUUCCUGUGUUGAAGAGCUGAGGUCUAUUCCAGGAGAAGGCUGUAUCAAAGGAGCAGCCAGAGGAGGCGAGCUGCUGCGACAGGCAGUGCUAGACAGUCUGCAGCAGUUUAAACAGUACAUCAGACACAUCAGUACUGGAAACCAGACCAACAACAACUUAUCUGUGGAGAUUACUGUGGUGACCAGCCAGCCAGGGCCUGGGAUUGUCCGCCAGCUGGAGAUGGGGCUCAAAGAUGCCGACCUGGUGUCACUCAAGCGACUCCUGGUCGUACAGAUCAACAGCGUAGGAGACUGGGGACAGGACACUCCAUCACCUGAAACCACAUACACUGAGGCUGAAGAGAGUCUGAUGUUGGGGACGGAGGUUGAGCUGCUGCGAAUGGAGAACAGCGUGUUUGCCCUGGAGACAAUGUUGAAGGCGUGGCUUCAGGAGCAGGGAGGGGACAGAGAGCACCUGCACCUGCUGCUGCCAAGCCCAACAGACAGCCCCAAUCCAGUGUGUGUGAAGUGUGAUAUGCAGGAGCGUCUGAUCAGCCCUGCACUUAUCCCUCUCACGCCCAACCUGGGAGUGAAGACUGAGAGUGUCCGGGACUUCCUGCCUGUCACUAAGGCCUCGGCCAAUCAGAACCAGCCACCACAGAGACUGAAAGUAAUCAAGCUUCUGCGUGCAGAUGGAUUGUGUGAGAGUGUGCUGUAUGGCCUGCCAUUAGUGAUCCGCCCCACCACCUGUUGGCAGCUGGACUGGGAAGAAAUGGAGACCAACAACAAUUUAUUCCAUGCUCUCUGUCACACACUCAGGGGUCGUGACUUGUUCCUGCUGCUGCAGGUGGAGCCAGCUGGAGGUUCAGGUGUGUACUCUCACUAUGUCCUCCAGUCAUCCACGUCUCUCUCACUCCUCCUGAAGCCUGUGGUGUCCAGAGAGCUGCUGCUGCCCUGCUCAAUGCCCGUCUCACCUCAGGACCCUGUACCUGACGCCAUGCAGACCGUACAGUGUUGUCUAACUCAGCUGGACGAGGAGUUUGUCUUCAACCCCCUGUCUCUGACCAACAACCUCUACCAGCACCUCAAGAGCAGGGGCCUAAUCUCACAGCCACGAUACCCAUACAGGCUCCAGCCAGCAGCUGUGCUCAGAGACCAGUCUCAACCACCAGAGGGGGCAAAAACCACAGGCAGCAGACAGCCCCGGCAGCCCCAAAACCAGAGUCGUCAACUGGGAACAAACAGUAAGAUCAGAGCUACCGUGGCCCCGAUGCCGUCUUCCUCCUCCUCUUCCUCUAUGAUACCUCCUCCUGCUGCUAAGGCCUCUCGUCCAGCGCUGACGUUCCUCAGACUAAGGCGCUGGGCCCCGGAAGAUGAUGAUGAUGGUGAUGACGACUCCAUGGCUAUCUAGUGAGAACAAUAGAAGGAGAAUUAUUCAAGUGGACGUCCAAAACUACCCGCUGACAUUUUACCCACUUCUCCUUCUCUCUCUCGCUCUCCCUCUGUCCUUUUCACUCUCCGUCUCGCUCUGUACUCUCUUUUUAGUUGAGUCAACGUGUUUGAAUUUCAUAGAUUUGUUCAUAUAGACCCACACAAGCUUCUCUGUCCCCCGAGAAAGGUCAAAGCCAGAGUUCCUCCGCUUGACCCAAACACUAUCGAACACACGCCGCGUUAAAUGUCACGGCUGUGAAGGACGAACUGGACGUGGCCCGCGGAGACAAAAGUGUGAUUCUUUGUGGUAGAAAAUGCAUUCAGAGCCGAACGUUGCGUUACUCAGCGUUGUUCUUUUGCAAGUUUUCGGAGCGUCGCAGCCAAUUCUGUUGUCCACUGUCGUGUUGUGGGACACAGAGCCUUAUUGCAGUGUUGCCUCAGACUUGUUUCUGUUGUGAUGUUUUGACUAAAUUAACUGUUUAUGAAGUGUACGUUAAUAAAUUUGCUUUCUACCCACUUUCAUUCUGA